CAGGGUCAUCUCUGAAUGAAUACACAGCCUGGGGAAUGUCGCCAUCCCUUCUGGCUUGCCUCUGAGUUCCUGGCUGAUCAGCCCCCCACCCACCACCUCUGCGGUUUCGAAAGAAGGAAGCCGUUCCCAGCUCGAUUAAGAGUUCAGACUUGGAGACCAUCGCCGGUUUUUGCUGUGCUGGUUAGACGUAACGAUGAGGAACAGAAGGGAGGGAAGAAGGAGGGGACAUCUUCCAGCUCGCCUCAGCUCAGUGUCGAAACUGUGGGGAAAAGGAAGGCGCGCGCACCGACAGGCCGAGCGCGCGCGCGCAAAGCCCUAAGCCGGAGGAGCAGGGAGUCGAAGCCGGAGCCGUCAGCAAAACAAUGAAUACAUACAUCUUCAGCUAUUACUUAAUUCAGUUCUGUGGACAUUCUUGGAUAUUUACCAAUAUGAUCAUCAGAUUCCUUUCAUUUGGGGAAGAUUCUGUUGCAGAUACUUUCCAUUCUAUUGGACUUGUGAUGCGUAUCUGCCAGUUGGCAUCUAUACUAGAACUCCUACAUAUUUGGCUUGGCAUUGAGAAGGAUCAGUUUUUCCCAAGGUUCUUACAGAUCACAGAAAGAAUUGUCAUCUUAUUUGUUGCAAUAGCAAGUCAAGAAGAAGUUCAAGGGAAAUACAUUGUAUGUGUCUUAUUUUUCCUUUGGAGUUGCAUUGAUGUCAUCAGAUACACAUACUGCAUAUUAUUGGAGACAGGGAUAUACUUUCAAGGACUAACUUGGCUCUACCAUUCACUGUGGAUUCCUUUCUAUCCUCUCUUGGUUUUGGCUCAAGCAUUCGCCAUAUAUGAAUCAUUGCCUCACUUUGAAACCUCAGGCACUUACUCCAUCCGAAUACUCUUUCCAUUUGAUCUAACUAUUUACUUUCCCUAUGUACUGAAAAUGUACAUGGCAAUAUUAUUUGGCGCAUGCUGUGGUUUGGGUUUAGGUACAUACUUCAUUGUUCAAUACCUUUAUAUGGAACGGAAGACUCAUCUAGGAAGUUACAACAUCAAAGAGAAAAGAAGCUAACUCAUAUUUUCGGU